AUGACAGCCUUCUACAUCUGUGCCAUCCUGCUGGCACCCAUGCUCUUCAUGGGCAUGAUCCCAACAGCCCACGCUCAAGAAGACACAAAGGAGACGGGUGUCUCUGGACCAGCUGAGCUCGCAGUCAUUGGCAUCGAUCUCGGAACUACCUACUCAUGUGUGGGUAUCAUGAAGGGCGGCAACGUCGAAAUCCUUGUAAACGACCAAGGAAACCGAAUCACUCCAUCAUGGGUAGCCUGGAACGACGAAGAGCGUCUCGUUGGAGAUGCAGCAAAGAAUCAAUACGCCUCCAACCCACACCGAACAGUCUUCGACAUCAAGCGUCUCAUUGGACGCAAGUAUGACGACAAGGACGUUCAGAAGGAUGUCAAGCACUUCCCAUUCUCUGUGGUCAACAAGGGUGGCCAGCCACGUGUCAAGGUUGAUGUCGCUGGCGAUGAAAAGUCCUUCACUCCCGAAGAAAUCUCGUCCAUGAUCCUUGGCAAGAUGAAGGAAGUCGCCGAGUCAUAUCUUGGAGAGAAGGUCACCAACGCUGUUGUUACUGUCCCCGCCUACUUCAACGACGCCCAGCGAGCUGCAACUAAGGAUGCAGGCACAAUUGCAGGUCUCAAUGUCCUUCGUGUUGUCAACGAACCCACUGCCGCAGCUCUCGCCUACGGCUUGGACAAGACCGACAAGGAGCGCCAGAUCAUUGUCUACGAUCUUGGUGGUGGUACUUUCGAUGUCUCCAUCUUGACUGUCGACCAGGGUGUCUUCGAAGUUCAGGCCACCGCCGGUGACACUCAUCUUGGUGGUGAGGACUUCGACCAGCGUGUUGCGGACUACUUUGUCAAGAACUACAACAAGAAGCACGACACCGACAUCACCAAGAACGCAAAGACCAUGGGUAAGCUCAAGCGUGAGGUCGAGAAGGCCAAGCGCGCUCUGUCCAGCCAGAUGAGCACCAAGAUUGAAAUCGAGGCCUUCCACGAGGGCAACGACUUCUCUGAAACCCUUACCCGCGCCAAGUUCGAAGAGUUGAACAACGACCUGUUCAAGAAGACGCUCAAGCCAGUUGAGCAGGUUCUCAAGGACGCGAAGAUCAAGAAGAGCGAGAUUGAUGACAUCGUGCUCGUCGGUGGUUCCACCCGUAUCCCCAAGGUUCAGGCCAUGUUGGAGGAGUACUUUGGCAAGAAGGCUAGCAAGGGUAUCAACCCAGACGAGGCUGUCGCUUAUGGCGCCGCUGUCCAGGGUGGUGUCUUGUCUGGCGAAGAACAGGCCAGCGAGAUCGUGCUCAUGGAUGUAAACCCGCUCACCCUUGGUAUUGAGACCACUGGCGGCGUCAUGACCCACCUCAUCAAGCGUGGUACCACGAUUCCCACGAAGAAGAGCCAGAUCUUCUCUACUGCCGCCGAUAACCAGCCAGUCGUCCUCAUCCAGGUAUUCGAAGGCGAACGAUCUAUGACUAAAGACAACAACUUGCUGGGCAAGUUCGAGCUUUCUGGUAUCCCUCCUGCACCCCGUGGCCAGCCUCAGAUUGAAGUCACUUUCGAGCUGGACGCGAACGGUAUUCUCAAAGUUUCAGCCGGCGACAAAGGCACUGGCAAGAGCGAGUCUAUCACCAUCACCAACGACAAGGGCCGUCUUAGCGCUGAAGAAAUCGAGCGCAUGGUCGAGGAAGCCGAGAAAUAUGCUGAAGAGGACAAGGCCACGCGACAGCGCAUUGAGGCCCGCAACGGACUUGAGAACUAUGCCUUCAGCUUGAAGAACCAGGCCAACGAUGAGGAAGGCCUUGGCGGCAAGAUUGAUGAGGACGACAAGGAGACCCUCUUGGAGGCUGUCAAGGAGGCCACCGAGUGGCUCGAGGAGAACGCCCAGACCGCGACGACCGAAGACUUCGACGAGCAGAAGCAGAAGCUGUCUGACGUUGCCUACCCAAUCACAUCGAAGCUGUACGGCAGCGCUCCAGGAGGCAGCCCAGACGAUGACGACGAGCCAGUCCACGACGAGUUGUAA